UGGUUUAGUUCUAUUUAACAUCUUUCUCUCUUUCAAAAGACAAGACUAUAGUAAUCAUUCUACUUCUUCUAUUCCUCCAAUAAGCGAAUUCUCAGAUUUGUAUGCAUGGAGAAAACAACAACGCACAUUGUAGUAAUUCCCAGUGCAGGAUUCAGCCACUUCGUUCCCAUUAUCCACUUCUCAAAACAACUCGUUGAGCUUCACCCAGAAAUUCACGUAGCAUGCAUCAUUCCCAUACUAGGGUCUCUCCCAAGUGCCGCAAAACCCAUUCUCCAAACCCUUCCACAAAACAUAAACACCAUUUUCCUUCCACCGGUGAACCCUAAUGAGCUACCACAAGGUAUUCCCGUAGUUCUCCAAAUUCUGCUCGCAAUGGCUCACUCCAUGCCCUCCAUCCACCACACCCUCAAGUCCAUAACUUCAAAGACUCCCCACGUGGCAAUGGUGGUUGAUACUUUCGCCUAUGAAGCACUAGAUUUUGCUCAAGAGUUCAACAUGUUAUCCUACGUUUACUUCCCUUCCGCGGCUACGACACUCUCCACACACUUCUAUUUUCGCACGUUGGACGAGGAAACAUCGUGUGAGUAUCGAGAUCUGCCACACCCUAUCAAAGUACCAGGUUGUGUGCCGUUUCAUGGCCGCGAUCUCUAUGCUCAGGCCCAAGAUCGAACCAGUGAACUUUAUAAAAUAUCACUCAAACGAUAUGAACGGUACCGUUUCGUUGAUGGGAUCUUCAUUAACAGCUUCUUGGAAUUGGAAACUGGUCCUAUAACAGCAUUGCAAGAUGAGGAAAGGGAGUACCCACCUUUAUAUCCUGUUGGACCACUUGUCCAAACUGGGACAGCAUCUUCUGCAAAUGGGUUGGACUUGGAGUGUCUAGCAUGGUUGGACAAACAACAAGUUGCUUCUGUUUUGUAUGUUUCUUUUGGGAGUGGUGGAACACUCUCACAAGAGCAAAUAACUGAGCUUGCUUUUGGUUUGGAAUUGAGUAACCAUAAGUUCUUAUGGGCUGUGAGAGCACCAAGUAAUGUAGCCAAUGCUACAUAUAUUGGUGAACAAAAACACGUUGACCCGUUAGAGUUCAUGCCAUGUGGGUUUUUGGAGAGAACCAAAGAGAAAGGCAUGGUUUUUCCUUCAUGGGCACCCCAAAUUCAAAUCCUUAGCCACAGUUCAGUUGGAGGGUUCUUGACUCACUGUGGUUGGAAUUCGAUCCUUGAGAGUGUGCUAAAGGGUGUGCCAUUCAUCACAUGGCCACUGUUUGCGGAGCAGAAAAUGAAUGCGAUUUUGCUAUGUGAGUGUCUCAAAGUGGGAGUGAGGCCAAGAGUUGGUGAAAAUGGUUUGGUGGAAAGGGCUGAAAUUGUGACGGUGAUAAAGUGUCUAAUGGAAGAGGAAGAAGGUAAGAAAAUGCGUGAAAGAAUGAAUGAGUUAAAAGAAGCUGCUACUAAUGGUCUCAAACAAGAUGGGGCUUCUACCAAGAACUUUUCUCGGGUAGCAUUCAAGUGGAAAAAUUUGGCAUAGGAGAACAAGUUUUAUUGAAUGCUUUGAUCAGGAUCUUGGUUUAAUUUAUUAGUUAUUACCUUCUUUUUUUUUCUGUUUCUGCUUUCCUAGUAAGUAAUUCUGUGGAGUAUUGUACUAGAAUUUCUGAUCUAGAACGAGAUCAUAAUGAUAAUUUGCACUAUUAGGCUCGUGUUGCAGCAUGCUUAUGUGGCAAUAUUUUAUUCGACAGACGACUUUAGAUAGUCUUAUAUCUUCAA